AUGAAGCUUUUCAUGAAGGACUUUGAAGUUACCUUGGUUAAUAAUAGCAUGAAAGAAUUCUACGUCAACUUUGCCGGGCCGAAAGAUUCAUUAUACGAAGGUGGUCUUUGGAAAAUACAUGUGCAACUUCCUGACGAAUAUCCUUACAAAUCCCCCUCAAUUGGUUUCAAGAACACCAUAUACCAUCCAAAUAUAGACGAGAGAUCAGGAUCAGUUUGUCUUGAUGUCAUAAACCAAACUUGGUCUCCCAUGUUCGACAUGGUUAACAUUUUCGAGCAAUUUCUUCCACAACUUCUUAGAUAUCCGAACGCUGCAGAUCCAUUGAAUCCGGAUGCGUCAAAUCUAUACCACAAAAGCAAAAGACAAUACGAGGAGACAGUUAGGGACUAUGUGAAGUCAUAUGCAGAUCCAGAUCAGGUAAGAACGAUGAUUAUCUUACCCGAAGAUAGCGAAUCAAAGAUUUCCAAACCUGAGGUUGCCACAGAUGUUGCCUCAGACGUUUCCAUGGACACUCGGAAAAUCAACAGUGAGAAAACGCAAGGUGACGCAAUUCUAACCGAAACAGACGAUAAUGUGGAUGACGAAGUCUUGAGUGCAGAUGAGCACCUGGAAGAUGAUAUGGAAGAAAUAGAUAAUGCAAUAGACGAAAAUUACGACGAUGCAGAGGAGGAAAAUCUUGAGAUGUCGGUAGAUGAGGAAAUAGGAGAAACUAUGGAUCUUUAG